UUUGUGAACACCCCUCUCUGUUCACGGAUCUGUCAGCGGAAAACAAACCACACCCCUGGAUUAGGAACUGUGGGAAAAGAUGGCAGCUUCCUGUCCCUUCAGCAGGCUACUUUUCCUUUGAGGACAAAGUAAAAACUAUAUAUAAAAAUCAGAUAGCCUAUUUUUACCUUAACUUGGCGAAACUUGAAGCAAGAGCUUGAAAAUGGAAAAGAGUGGUAGCGUCGACAGUUUGGGUUCCAAACAAUCAUCCUCCCGGCAGCCGAGUGUUGAUUCUCUAUCCAGUUCCUCAACGUCACGGUCUGACCGUUCCUCUCAGGCAAAGCCUCCUUCAGCUAUAUCCUCGGAUUCUGUUUCGGUGUCAGACUCGCCCUUGUCCCCCGAGCAGCUUCGGUCAAACAUAAGAAACAAACCAGUCCCCAAGGUGUUCAGAGACUCACAUAAAGAUGAACCACAGUUGUUGACCAAGGAGACUGUUCAAGAUAUGGCCAAAGACGUCACUUACAUUUGCCCAUUCAUUGGAGCACUCAGAGGGACCUUGACUGUCACGAACUAUCGACUGUUUUUCAAAUGCAUGGACAGGGAUGCGGGCACAGUUUUAGAUAUACCUCUUGGCGUUUUGAGUCGUGUGGAAAAGAUUGGAGCUGCUACAAGUCGUGGAGAGGUGUCUUAUGGGAUCAUAUGUAAAGAUAUCCGAAAUUUGCGUUUUGUACAUAAACAGCCAGAAGAUACUCUGAAGAAGUCGAUCUUUGAGAACCUCAUGAAAUACGCCUUCCCUGUUUCUAAUGGACUGCCUCUGUUUGCCUGUGAGUAUGACCAGGUUUUUCCUGAGAAUGGAUGGAAAGUAUAUGAUGCCCUGGCUGAAUAUAAACGACAGGGACUGCCCAAUGAAAGCUGGAGGAUAUCUAAGGUUAAUGACCAUUAUGAACUGUGUGACACAUACCCCUCCACCCUCGUUGUUCCGGUAACCAUUCCCGAUGAGGAGCUGAAGAGGGUAUCAGCCUUCAGGGCCAAAGGCCGCAUUCCAGUGUUGUCAUGGAUACACCCAGAGAGCCAGGCAACGAUAACACGAUGUAGCCAGCCCAUGGUGGGAGUGAACGGGAAACGCAGCAAAGAGGACGAGAAACUUCUGCAAGCCAUCAUGGAUGCCAAUGCACAGUCCCACAAGCUCUUCAUAUUUGAUGUCAGACCAAGUGUGAAUGCAGCAGCUAAUAAGAUGAAAGGUGGCGGUUACGAGAGUGAAGAUGCCUAUCAGAAUGCAGAGCUGGUGUUUCUAGAUAUCCACAAUCUCCAUGUUAUGCGGGAGUCACUACGAAAACUGAAGGAGGUGGUGUAUCCCAACAUUGACGAGGCUCACUGGCUCUCAAACUUGGAGUCCACCCACUGGCUUGAGCACAUCAAGUCUAUCCUGGCGGGAGCACUGCGGAUUGCAGAUAAAGUGGAGUCUGGCAAGACCUCUGUGGUGGUGCACUGUAGUGAUGGCUGGGACCGCACUGCUCAGCUGACCUCCUUAGCCAUGCUGAUGCUGGAUGCUCACUACAGAACCAUCAGAGGCUUCCAGGUGCUGCUGGAGAAAGAGUGGCUGAGCUUUGGUCACCGCUUCCAACUGAGGAUUGGUCAUGGAGACAAGAACCACACAGAUGCUGAUCGCUCUCCAGUCUUCCUGCAGUUCAUCGACUGUGUUUGGCAGAUGACUCGGCAGUUUCCUGCUGCAUUUGAAUUUAAUGAGUACUUCCUCAUCACCAUCCUGGACCAUCUAUACAGUUGCUUGUUUGGGACCUUCAUGUGUAAUAGUGAACAGCAACGACUCAAAGAGGAAUUACCAAAGAAGACGGUGUCACUGUGGUCUUUAAUUAAUAGUCAGCUUGAAGAGUUUUCUAACCCCUUAUAUGUGAACUACUCCUCUCAUGUACUGUUUCCUGUAGUCAGUAUGCGCCAUCUAGAGCUGUGGGUGGGGUAUUACAUCCGCUGGAAUCCUCGCAUGAGACCACAGGAGCCUUUGCACCAGCGCUACAAAGAGCUUCUAGCCAAGCGUGCCGAACUUCAGAAGAGAGUAGAGGAGCUGCAGAGGGAGGUGGCCAAUCGGGCGGCCUCGUCCUCCUCCGAGAGAGCUGGGUCUCCCACACGCUCAAUCACACCUGUGCAGACUUUCGUGUGAUUGUACAGGUGCUUUAGGAGAGGGGGAGAGAGAGUGUAAGGGUUGAUCUGGAGGCUCCUAGGUCUCAAACAUGGCCGCUUCUUCGACAGCAGUAGUGUGGGUCAGGGACCCACGGCUGACUAAACGCCAUAGACUGCCUUUCUGAUCCCUCCAUAAUUUGCUGUCAUUACAGCAAUAGACUUAACAAAUGGAGAAAAAUCCUAGUGUCAAGGUUUAAUUUAAAUUAACUAGUUACUAGAGGCAACUCAGUUCAUUCUAGAUGAAGGCUACUAAUGGAACUAGGUGUGAAUUACAUUUACAUUAAAGUACUUAUGCACUUGUACAGUUUUAUUUUAUGUUUGACAUGCUUAAAUAGGUCACAGAGAGAAGGUAGUUCAAGUUUAAGUAGUGGGCAGCAGAAUGUGUCCGUCUUUAGGAACGGAUGUACGCUGAGGCAGGGUCAUCUGAUCUCACACAGACAUACAAUAGAGGAGGGUUUUCAUGGAAUUCACAUAUUAGUCAGUGGUUGCGUGUAGGCCUUGCAGAGAUUUACUGGCAGGAAAAUGAAUCAGCUUUACUUGGUUUAUCAGCUUUAACGAUACAUUUACUAGGAAAAGUGUAUGUGUGUGUGUGUGUGUGUGCGCGAGAAACAGGUCUGUGUCAAUAGAGUGAGAUAUAUGCGCUUUAGAAUUCUUCUUCUCUUUUGAGGCCUAUAGCCAAUAGAAGCUGUAACGUUAAUCUUUAAGCCAGUGAUACAUUCCUAGUAACAAACAAUUAUCUGCACAAGGCAGGCUAAUGUUUCUAAUGCUGCUCUAACCCUUGAUCCUUAUUACUAUAUUUCUGACCUUAACUUUAAGGGGCAAAUAUUCAUAUCUUUAAUGCUGGACUUCCUAAACCUCCUAAACAAAGUGAAAGUUGUUACUAUAGCAUAUGCAGGAUAGGACAGUUUCCGUUUUUUUUUCUCUGACUGCUUGCCUUAUUCCCAGGGAAGGGAACUUUGUGAAAGUAUCAGGGAGGAUAUUGUCCUUGUGUCUUUUGUCAGUGCUUAAAUGUGCUUGCUUUUUCAAGUGCAUCUUAUUAACAAAUCAAAUGCUGCAUUUUUUCCAUGUUGUAAAUAUUUGGUUGACAUGCAGGCAUUCUUGUCAAUACGGUAGCAUUCCUUAUACUGCAUACAUCAACCACACCAAGAAUUAUACCAACAUACUCCACUCUGUUGUAAAUAAAACUCAUGCAUAUCACACACAAAGCUUGUUAACGACUUUUUAUAAGAAGUUGUUGACACCAAACCAUCCAAAUUGUAACAAAUACACGCUAGUCAGCCAAUGUUAUUAAUUCUUUAGGAUAUCAAAUAUUAGGUAUUACAUCUUCAAACACUGAAAAUAGCAACCUAUUCAUAAGACCACUAAUAUAGAAACAAAUCCAUGGAAUUUGUACAGUUCUGUGUCUAUGUCUACAGAGGUUAAUACAAUGAUAAUGUAAACUGGUCCAGUCAUCAGUUGGCACUACAUAAUUUUGUGUACUGCAAAGCCAUAUGAAAUAAAGUUCUGUUAAAUGGAA